GGGUUCAUUUGGAUGGGUCUGGAAUAGCUGGGGUUGCACCUGCUCUGGCCCUCUCGUUCAUAAGGCCUUGCCAGUGCUGCUUGCUCCAUUAAUGACUCGGACCUGGAUCCACAGAGAGUUGCUUGGGAUAAGAUGGUCCGACUAAUAACUACAUAGCAACAGUACAAGCCUUAUGUACUGUUGUUUUAAUUGACGCAGAUAAUGUUUGAUUAUUUUUGUGUCUUGAGACCCUAUUAUCGAGUCUGCUUCAUUCAUAUCAUGACAGCAGUGACAUCUCGUGUUCAGACACCAUUAUACAGCGUCAAAGGCGGUCGACGUGUUAAAUUUAGAGUUAGUGUUUGUAAGUAUCCACUGUUAUUUGUUCAAAUAAAAUAGGUGGAAGAUCAAGCAAUCAUUGGAAUGCACAACAAUCCUAAUAUACACACAGACAAAGAAAAGCGUGUUUAGUUUCGGUUUCGUUUCCCUGAAUUGAAAACCGGAAGAGAAAAACGAGCUGGUACGAUACUGUGCCAUAAGAGAAAAUGGCAGGGACGGUUUCUAAAAUCAUUUAUGACAACCUGUGCGCCAACCAAGGAUGGUUGGAGUUCAUUGAAUUUAAAGAAGUACUUCGAAAAGGUCGUAUCACAGUUGACCACUCGGUCCUUCUCAAAAUUGUAUCUGACAAUGGGAAAUUUGCGGUUCCAUUGGCCAAGGAAAUAAAACCAAGAACUCUGGUCGUGGCGAGAACCCAGUUGAGGGUCUGCCAGAAGGCGCAGGGAGAAUGUCCCCAGUGCAACCACUUGCAGUUGUGCAGGUAUUUUAUAUGCGGAUACUGCAGAUUCGGAAAUAAAUGCAAACAUUCCCACGACCUGGCUUCUCAACACAAUUUAACCAUUUUGAUUGAGGCUGGACUACAAAAUCUGACUGGAAAAGAGCUCUUCCCAUUAUUACUGCAAAACGAUGCCUACUUGCUUCCUGAGAUAUGUUUACAUUAUAACCGGGGCAAUGGUCAGCAUGGUAUCUGCAAGUUCCCAAACUCUUGCAUCCGCCUCCAUGUCUGUCAGCACUUUCUCCAAGGUGACUGCAAGUUUGGAGAAAAGUGUAAGAGGGAGCAUUCCUUCAACGAUCAGGUGCUGAAGAUCCUGAAAGGCAGAGGUCUCAGCGAUGACAAUAUAAGCAAACUGUACAAAAUCUACCGCUGCAAAUCCAUCAUCAACCAGCAACCGCCUAAUCUUGAGAAUCUUUUAGCACACCCAGAGGUGACGGACAGUCUGCCAAUCAGAAGCCUCGCAAUAAAGUCCACCACCAGUGAUACUUCUGCUGCCCCCCCAACCAGUGAGGCCGACCGUAAUGAAAUCUGUCUCUUCUUUCUACGCCAACAUUGCAGCUUUAAAGACAAGUGUGUACGGGUGCACUACCAGCUACCUUAUAGGUGGCAGGUCCAGGACAGUGUGUCUCUCAGCUGGAUUGAUAUGCCUAACAUGGAGACCAUGGAGAAGGCCUACUGUGACCCUAAGAAAACAGUCAAAAACCUUGGGGGACCUGUCCGUCGUCUAUCUACGGUCUCCUCUGUCUCCAAGCCCAACUACUUCAUCCUCACCACUGAUUGGCUGUGGUACUGGCAGGACGACAACGGGAGCUGGGAGGAGUAUGGACAGGACAAGGUGGGUGAGGAUGGUGGAAGUACUGCUUCUGUCAAUUCUGGCACUCUGGAGCGUACCUACCUAUCAGAAACAGAGGUGGAAUGUUUCAGUGCAGGCAAACACAAUUACACGAUCAACUUCAAAGAGAUGCAGCAGCAGAACCUGAAGUACGGAACCCAGAGAGAGGUCCGCAGACGGCCUCGCUUUGUGUCCACACAGGAGGUGCAGGACAAAUUGAGAGGCAUCUCAUCACCAAGUGCCGCGUCCUCUUCCCUAGGCGAUUCGGUACCAGCGAACUGGGAGAAGACUUCCCUACCUAACUUUGGAUAUAAGGUCAUCCCACUGACCAGCUCCUCCACGGAGUACCAGCUGGUCGAGAGCUGGUUCAAGCGCACCAUGAAGACCAGCUUGAUCAACAAAAUCGAGCGCAUACAAAACCCCGCGCUUUGGAAGGUCUUUCAAUGGCAAAAGACUCUGAUGAAGGAGAAAAAUGGAGGAAAGCCUGUAGACGAACGCCACCUGUUCCAUGGCACAGAAGAGUCUCUGCUGGAUCCCAUCUGUGAGCAGAACUUUGACUGGAGGAUGUGUGGAGUCCACGGCACAGCAUACGGCAAAGGGAGUUACUUUGCCAGAGACGCCUCCUACUCAGAUAAGUACUCCAAGGCCCACCGGGGCCUGAGGAGGGUGAUGUUCGUGGCCCACGUCCUGGUGGGGGAGUUCACUUUGGGCAGCAGCAGCUACGCCCGCCCCCCAAGCAAAAGCACCGGCACAAGCCUCUACGACAGCUGCGUGGACCGCGCCAGGGAUCCCAGCAUCUUCGUGGUCUUUGAGAAACACCAGAUUUACCCGGAGUACAUCAUUGAUUAUUCCUGAACACUGGGCUCUGCCUACUAAGCCACAUACAUGCCUACCCUUUGCUUUCUGUCAAUUUCUUAGACUUUAAGAGGUGCCCUGUAUCCUUUAGCUGCCAAGUGUAGUCAUGCAUGUCAUUAUACAUAGUUUUUUUUCUUAUAUUCAAAUAUUUGGGUUUAUCCGGGCCGGUGUUUUAAUCGCGUUUGUUUCACAGCGGUGCUGCUAAGACAAUUGGGAACAGUUGAAAAACAAUUCUCUUGUUCCGUGUCAUGCAAACUUAAGUGAGGAACAACUGAUUAUUUAGCAAAAAUAGCAAUGUCAUAUUAUGCAUUGUGGGUCAUCUUUGGCUUAGCAAGUUGAUGAAGGACUCUACAACUCCAUGUCUUAACUCAGGCGUAAAAGGGCAUAAAAAAUAGCUUUUUAUGAUAGUUUUUUUUUUUAUUAGUUUUAACAAUUCAUUAUUCAAAUCAGUCCAAUAAGUAUAUGAAUGCAUAUAAAAACAAUGCAUAACUUGAAUACAUAAUCUUGAAACAAAAAAAAAAAAUCACAUCACUGUAAUCCAGUGCAAUCCCAAUGGCUGCAGCCCACCUCGUGCAAAAUGCCUCACCACUGCUUGCUCCGGAGUCGGACCUGGAUCCACUGGGAGCUGCUUGGGAUAAGACUGUCGUACCAAUAAAUAAAUAGUAACCCUACAAGCCUUAUAUACUGUGUGUUGUUAUUGACCUUAUGGACCACUGCCCAACACUUUGGAGUUAAGAACAGGCAAAUAAUAUUCCAGAAGCACUAAGGUAUGCACAAUGAGAUCAUUGAUUUAUCACUCAAAAUGAAAUCAACACCAGAGCACUUCUCCUUUAAUUUACAGGGAAGUAACUUGAUAUGUGUUAUUUAACUUUUCCAUCAAACCCAUUGAGUAAUUGAUUGCUGCCGUCCUAGAUGAUAUAUAGUAUAUUUUUGCCUAUUUUCUCAGCUUCGGUUAUCAGCUUCUCUUUUAGUGAUCUUAAGAAAUAUGCCAUUCUUGGGUCCGAGAGUGACAUCAGACUUCAACUCAAGAGGGACCUGUAUCAGGAAAAAGCACACGCAACACACACUCACGAGUCAUAUCUGAAAACUUCAGUAGCAAGUGUACCCAAUAUGUGACCCAUCAACCAAUAUCACAUACUUUACAAACUUUAGUCUGCAAAUAACAAGCAAUGAAGAACAGCACCAACUAUAGUGUGUUUCAACCCCAUUCUACCUCACUCUUUCCAAUGGGAUCACUGUGACAUGUUUUAUUGUUUUGUUUCUCAUGAUGUAAUUUCCUUUCCAAAAGGGGUCAC